ACCCCCAAGGGGUGAUCGGGGGGGGGGUCCCUGGGUAAGUGCAUCAGAGGGGUCGCCGUGUUAGUCUGGAUCCGUAAAGGCGGCGGAGAGGCCUGGGGCACCUUCUAGACUCACCGAGGUGCUGGAGCAUGAGCUUUCCGGGGUGACUCCCCGCUUCCUCGGCGGCACGCAGUGGAAAUUUCCAGAGGCAGGCAUAAAUAUGCAAGCCAGAAUCAGGCUGGGGAUAAGGAGGUUAGUGCAGUCAGGGAGGAUGAGGCCCUCUUCUAGCAGAUGAGGUGUGAACGCCAAGGGAGGAGAAACGGCUUUUGUGGUUGGCGAGCCAGUCACAGUCUUUGUUUCCUCCUGAGCUGAGGGGGUCAGAUUUGCAAAUGAACUGAAGCUCCGCAGUUUCUCUUUGAAGUCUGGUCCUGAAGUUUUUUUUUGCUGCGGGAUGGCUGCCUUUACAUCUGCUCCUGUGUGUCCAGGGAGGUUGAAGUGUUCCCCUACAGGUUUUUAUAUAUAGCCAUUCCUAAUAUUUGAUUUGUGUCCAUUUAUCCUUUUACGUAGGGACUGUCCAGUUUGGCUGAUGUACAUAGCAGAGGGGCAUUGCUGGCACAUGCUGGCAUAGAUUACAUUGGUGGACGUGCCCGUGAAUGAACCGGUGAUGGUGUGGCUGAUCUGGUUAGGUCCUGUGAUGGUGUUGCUGGUGUAGAUAUGUGGGCAGAGUUGGCAUCAAGGUUUGUUGCAUGGAUUGGUUCCUGAGUUAGAGAUACUAUGGUGUGGUGUGUAGUUGCUGGUGAGAAUAUGUUUUAGGUUGGCAGGUUGUCUGUGGGUGAGGAUUGGCCUGCCUCCCAAGGCCUGUGAAAGUGAGGGUUUGUUGCCCAGGAUGGGUUGUAGAUCACUAAUGAUGUGUUGGAGAGGUUUUAGCUGAGGACUGUAUGUGAUGGCGAGUGGAGUUCUGUUGGUUUCUUUCUUGGGCUUGUCUUGCAGCAGGAGGCUUCUGGUUACACAUCUGGCUCUGUUGAUCUGUUUCCUUAUUUCCUUGUGUGGGUACUGUAGUUUUGAGAAUGCUUGGUGAAGAUCUGGUAGGUGUUGGUCUCUGUCUGAGAGGUUGGAGCAAAUGCGGUUGUACCUCAGUGCUUGGCUGUAGACAAUAGAUUGUGUGGUGUGUCUGGGGUGGAAGCUGGAGGGCCACCCCCUGGGUGAUAUGGGCCUCCCAGAGAAAGGGGACAUGAACCCCGGGAGCGCUUCCAGGAGACAAGGGGGUAUCAGCCCCAUGGAAUGGCCUCCACAGGGGUGGGGAUAUGAACCCCCAAUUGAAAUGUGCAAAGUGCGAGCCCCAGGGCGCUCCUGCUUUAUUAUAAUACUUUGCCCUUCUCUAGCUCCUUCUAACCAAGGUGCUCAGCGCACAUUAAUGAGCUCACACCCAUCACCGUGAGGUAGGGGAAAGUACAAAGCCUAGUUACAGCUGAAAAAGCUAAUGCAGAGAGGAAAGGUGAUUUGGCUAAGAUCCCACAGCAGCUCAGUGGCAUGGCAGGUAUUGAACCUAGGAGUCUGGGUUUCCCACCCUUGGCUUUGAGUCUUACACACAUUAUACUGUAGAAAUGGGCGGAUUAACUUUUUCAUUAAUUCUCAAAAGUGUGAAUAUGGUAAUUGACCUGGCAGUGAUUGUUUCCAGCAACAGAGAGAAACCAAACAAAUUCCUUAGCAGCACCCAGAAAACUACUACAACUCACCGUCUGAGCCUCAAAGGACCGGAAAAGAACCAGACACUGCACAGCAACUGGGAAGGAACUUCAUUAUUUAAAAAACAAAUUGAAACUAGCUUAUCUCCAUAUAUAGAAGAGAGUCCCAGCAUUGAUGACUUAGAAGAAAGUUUGCGGAAACUUAAAGUUCAGGUGGACAGUUUGGCCUCAAGUCUGAGUUUUGACCCUCAUCAAGAUUAUGCCAUAGAUUCUGGCGCUACAGUCAACUUGAGCACUUUCAAUUCUACGUGGCCAAGAUUUCAUAAUGGGACCUAUGCAGAGGCAGACACUGGAGAUGCACCAAAGCAAUCUGCAGAGUCAGAGUGGUUUCUGAACCCAAGACAUCUAGUCAAACCAUUGGGAGAGUAUCCAGCACUAACAAGCUUAGGCCUUCCUACAUUCUCCACAUCACCCAUCAACUGUGUGCCAGGGCUCCUGGGGAGUGAGAUUGCAAGUAGGAACUAUGUGCCAUCACUGGAUCUUGCACAUACAGAGUCUUUCCCAGUGAAGCUUGGUGCUCCUCAUGUGAUUGGAGUCAGGUCAUUGUUGCCCCCUAAAAUCCCGGUGCAGGAUCGCUCUCCUGAAAGGUCCCUCUCCCUUGAUCGUUCUGGGACCAACCGAUCCCGUUCAUUCUCUCCGGCUCCCAAAAGAAGCCGGUGGCUAAGAUCUCGCUCACAGUCACCUAGACCCAUCUGGAGACCAAAUUCUGCUAAGGCAAAUGCCUGUGCCCAGCCUCCACCGCACUUUGGCAGGUCCAAGUCCAGCAGAAAGAAAACGGCUUCAACCAGACAAUCACGAUCCAGAAUAUACAAACCAGGAGCCCUGGCUGCCAGGUCCUGUACUCCAGCCAGGAUGAAUACAAGGGGAACACUGAGCUAUUCUUGGAGCCCUUACAGUCUGCCCUCCACCGCUGUAUCCUCACCAACAGCUCAGGAGAUUAAUGAACGGUUUCUGCAGACUCUUGCAGAAGGUGCUGUUGGGAGGUCCCUGAUAGAAAUGUCCCCGUAUCAGAAGGAGCUGGCUCGUCUCAGGCUGGAGCGCCUGCGUGUGGAGGAGGAAUGGUUAUUAGAACUAAAGAGGCAGCAAGAAUUGGAGCGAACUCGGGGUCCAAAACCAAAGUGGUAUGAGAUGAAAAACUCCCAGUUUCAUUAUGAAGCCCACAAGAGUAACGAGUUGCUGAGGAACAGCCAGGACUUGCAGUCUGUAUAUAACUAUAGGCAGGAACUGGCAGCAAUGUCCAAGGAAUUCCAACAGCAUUUGAAACCUGCUCACCUGCACUCUCUCUAGUAAUAACAAAAAUGCAUGGGAAGAGCUCUAACCAACCUGUGCUGGUAGGAGAUGCAAUCCGAGACUCCAGCCUGUGAAUUCUGGAGGCCCAUGUGCUGUGCUUAAUGAAGAGGAAACAAGAUGGUGGAGAGGGGAAUUCUUUAGACCCAGUAGCCUAUGGGCCAGUUCCACUCCAGUGCAACUUCACUGCCUUCAGCGCUGAAGUUGGCUUAUUAUCGUAAAUAACAACUGACUAAAUCACUAAUGCUAUUAUUCACCUCUGUACUAAGGGCCAGCAGAAAAUCUAUGUGCUGGCCUUCUGCACGGGGGGGAAAUCUUACCCUAUGAGGAAUUAUCCCAAAUCAACUUCCUUGCAGUAUAAAAGAGCCUUUUACUGAAGUGGAGGGGAAAGGAUUGAGGCAAGGGAAAAGUUAAGAGAACAAAUCUAUGGAAAGAUUAUAACGAGGACCACAGAAACAGCCCUAAAGCCCUAGUUGUCAGAUCCUGCAGCUUGAGAUGAUGGGGAAAAAAAAAACUCCGAACACGGCAUUGAUUGGCUCGGACACAUUGAUAAAUAGCAUAAUGGCAUUUGUUCAGCCUUUCCACUGAUGGUGGCCUCUCUUUUCAACACUUGCUUCCAUCAAAGCGCAGUUUCAGAGCGACUCCUUGCUCUUUUUUGCAGUUUCCUUCAUUCUUUCUUUAAUCCCUUCUGUAAUUAGCUGCCGGCUAGUGGAGCAUUCCAAAAGCAGCAAGCUGCCCAGGUUCAGCUGCAAACAAAAGGUGCACUGGUUCCUGCAGCUACUUACAGAUGUUCUCUGCUGCAUGAUCCCAAGGUGCAAUGCAGGCCAUUCUGGAAGCCAAGACAAUGGCAGGCUGGUAGGUUGGUUUGUUUUGGAGAUUUUAGCCUGCAGUGUCCAUUAUUUCCACAGUUUACAAGCAAACAGCCUAGGGAUGAUCCAUCUCUGUUCCCUAAACAAUAUAAUUAAUUCUACUUUAACAACUUUCUAGUUAACAUUUUUAAUUUUCCAACAGAGGCCUUAGAAUAUAUUGAUUGUUUUAAUAAAACUCUGUUAACAGUGAUCAUUGCUAGCAAUCACAGGGGGACAUUAGUAGGCCUUGGUUUGGAGCACCUCAGCUAUCCAGCACAGAUAAUCUAUUUGCUACACUGAAGGCAAAAUAUUCUGAACUAUUACAGAGGGGAUUUGGGAAUAGGGACUAAUUUCACAAGCACAGAAGGACCCAAAUAAAGAAGAUAAAUGUCAUCACUCUCUCCCUAGCUCAUUUUGGUCUGACAUAAACAAAUUGGCUAGUCCGCUACUGGAGAUAUCAAUGAUUGCUAUUAUUGUUUACCUCUCCUGGGGAAGCAACUAUUUUAGCCUGCCAGUUGAACACUGGGAAAGUGACAGAACUAUUCAGAAUACUGUUACUUUGUUCAAAUCCAUUCCUGUUCAUUUACAAUUGCAUUGAUCUGCCCUGUACAGUACAGAAAGAUACCAUGUUAGGAAACAGAUCACACAUCCCUUUUCCCAGUAGUACCCCUAGAUAAACUGAAAUGUUUCAAAUUAAAUUUACUUUUCAUUGUUUAUCCUGGUUUAGUUUUUGCAUUUCUGUGGGGGCAUGAAGUGAUCCAUGUCAGUUUCACAUUCUGCUUCUCCUGUAUUAGCACAAUGCUGCUGUGCUUGGUAGGUAAAUAUCACUGGGAGGUUGAAGUCUAAACAAAAAAACUUAAACUGAACUAAAACUCCAAAUAAUCUCUCCCCAUCCUCCACUAAAUCACCCCUCUCCCAAAACCUAAACACUAAGCCACGCUUCCUGACUCCCAUAGCCUCUCAGAGCCAGUAACAGCCACAUGAGAAAGCAAACAUCUUUACAUGGGAGGCUGCAUAGUCCAGUGGCUAGAAUGCAGGACUGGGCAUCAAGAGAGUUUGUUUCUUUUCUCAGGUCUGCCACUGACUGGCUGCGUGAGCAUGGGUAUGUCAUUUUGCCUGUCUGAACCUCAGUUUCCUUAUUUGUCAAAUGUGGGUAAUGAUAGAAUCAUAGAAUAUCAGAGUUGGAAGGGACCUCAGGAGGUCAUCUAGUUCAACCCCCUGCUCAAAGCAGGGCCAAUCCCCAAUUUCUGCCCCAGAUCCCUAAAUGGGCCCCCUCAAGGAUUGAGCUCACAACCCUGGGUUUAGCAGGCCAAUGCUCAAACCACUGAGCUAGCCCUUCCCCCACAAUACUUACCCUCCUUUGUAAAGUGCUUUGAGAUCUGGAUAAAGAGGACUAUAUAGGGCCUAGGGAUUAUUGCCACUUGGUUGGGCGAUGGAUUUGUCGCCUAGAAUUUAAGCUAUAGGGAUUCAUACUGUACAUAUGUAAGAUUUUCUGACUUAAGAGAUGGGUGAAAUCUUGGCCCCAGUGAAGUGAGUGGCAAAACUCACCCAGGACUUCAGUGAAGCCAGGAUUUCACCCUACGUUUUGGUAGCACGAGAAAAUGAUCAUUGUUAGGGUAUUCUCCAUAGUACACAUGGGUUAGAAAGAGUAGGCCAGUCUAGGUGCCUAACUAGGGAUUUCGGAGCUUAACUUUAGUUAUCUGUGUUUGAAAAUGUGGCUCAUUACAUCUUGGUUUGAAAGUGGUUCUCUCUCAUCUCACUAGCUUGUAAACCUGUUCUUCCCUUUCAAGUGAUCAUUGUUCUCUUGUGGGAUGACUGUUUUGUAGAAAUUCUGUAUAAAUGAGAAACGUGGAUGAUUAAUAAAAUAUUGCAGAUUCUACCUCA